AUGCCAUUUCGGGAUACGGCAGAAACCUUCUGCAACCUUAUCUCCGUCAGCAAAAGCAGCUCUGGGUACCAAGAGAUCCUCUUCGAGAUGUACAAGAUCAUGUUCCUGAAUGAGGUCGAGCUCAGAAAGAGGAUGUUUCGGAGAAAGAAAGGACAGUUUCUUGUCCCAGGCCCGAACUACCAGUGGUGCAUUGAUGGCCACGAGAAGCUCAGGGUGUACGGAUUCGAGAUAUACGCGGCCAUCGACGCCUACUCGCGCAACAUUAUCUGGUUCUACCUUGGGCACUCUGCCACAACUGCCUUGAGCGUACUGAAGCAGUACCUGGCGGCAUGUGACGCCUAUGGCUUCCGGCCAUGGUACUUGCAAGCGGACAGGGGGAGCGAAACGCCGUUGGUUGCAGCAGCCCAUUGGAACUUUGUUUUGACCACAGACGGACGUGUGGAAUGGCAUGAGCAAGUCUUCCAGCAAGGUAGGAGAUUGAAGGAUUCGUAUAAGGCAGCCCCGAGUACGAAGAACGUCAAGAUUGAGAGUUGGUGGGAGCGUAUGCUCCAUGUCUCCUCUCGGCAGUGGGUAGACUAUUUUGGGGAGCUCGCAAGGGACGGGGACUUCGACGGCGACAUGCUGGAGGAUCAGAUUGCCAUCUACGCCGUCUUCGAAGAUAUAUUACGUCAAGAGCUCUUCGACUUUGUGGAGGCAUGGAAUCUUCAUCGAAUACGCCUUCAAAAGAACCGUCCCCAUGUGGUCCACGGCCAGCCCUGGAUGAAUUACCAUUACCCCGACCCGGAUAAGGCAUGCAAUUGGGGCAUCCCCAUUGAUCGCUCAGUUCUACACGAAAUGGGGCGACCGUUGGUGGACAUUGACAUUAGCACGUGCUUGGAGCCCGAGACAAAGGAUUGGUGCCACAAGACGCUCCUUAAAAUGGGCUACGAUCAGGUCGUUCUUGGAAGUCGCCAGGACCCGGAUAAAUUGCGACCCUUUAAGCCCUAUACUGGCGUACCUACCGCAAAGCGCCAACUGGGGGCGUUGCUGAAUAUCAAGCAUUACUUGAGCGGGCAAAUCGAGCCCGAGAAGAAGAGCUUGAGAUGGGCAAUCAGCAGAGCAACCAUUGGUUGA